UUGAUUUUAAGUGAUGUAAGGUACUGUCAUAGGGUAAACUCCCUAUAUCUUUUUUUAGCCAAGCCAUCUGGACGCAUCAAGACUGCAGUACCUGCUCAGAACAUUGGUGGUGCUCGACGUCGUAACGUAGCUGAUGCCUAUCGCCAUGCUCGUCUUGCCACCCGCAUGCGUGUCGACAGUGGGUCAUCUGGAUCAAUCAAUGAUUUAGUUCGAGCCACCACAGACAAAGAAGGUAGAGAAGGAAUCGAAGGUUCUGAAAGUGAAGCUACAGAGCCGACAAAAAAGAAGGUUGGCACAAAAAAAGCUGCUAAGUUAGUGGAGAAGGAGCGCCGCAGAGAGGAACGAGAAGCAGAAGAGCGCUAUAGAGAACAACAGAGAAAGUUAGAAGAUGAAGCAAUUAGAAAUCGAAAGCUAGCCGAAGAGGCGGAAGAGAAAGCGGAAGCAGAGAGGGUAUCGGAUAUCAGAUAA